AUGGAUAAAGUGACCAUAUCAAUUGGAGAAGAUGUUAGAGAACAGAAUCGCUUGCUAAAUAGCAUGGACGACGACUUUGACUCUUCAAAAGGAUUGUUGUCUUCAACAAUGAAACGCCUUGGUAUUGUUAGCAAGGCCGGAGGCAAGAACCUGAUGUGUUACUUGGUGCUGUUCGCUCUGUUCGUCUUCUUCGUUAUAUAUUACUUGGCAAGAUGA